AUGGACAUACCAGGGCAACAAAACAACCCCAAAGACUCCGUCCUCGUGGUCGGCGCCGGAAUGGGUGGCUGCGCUACUGCCCUUGGUCUGGCCCGUCGUGGCCACAACGUCCAUGUGCUCGAAGCGCGUGACGAUCUCUCGGAACUGGGAGCCGGCCUGCAAAUCUCUCCCAAUGCUUCCAGAGUCCUCUGUACAUGGGGACUCCGGGACAAGUUCGAAGAGAAGGUAUGCGUGCCGCCUUGGCUGGAGUAUCGGGCCUAUGACAAUGGGAGGACGUUAGGCAAGCUUCCGAACAAUGUCAACGACUGGUAUGAAGACAUUUACGGCGCUCCACUCUGGACGAUCUAUAGACCUGAUUAUCAGCGCAUCCUCGCCGAAGCAGCAAUGUCAUCAGGGGCAAAGUUUACCUUCUCAGCCAAAGUGGAGAAGGUUGAUAGUGAGACGGGCGCCGUGGAACUGCGUUAUGGGCGGGAAUUCCGUGGCGACCUCGUGGUUGGGGCAGAUGGUGUAUGGUCGAAAGUACGAUCCGGUAUACCAGGAUGUCAAAACGUCGAGCCAGUUGUCUGA